AAAGUGGAUGUAUCUGUCUUUUUAAAUGUUUUGUUUAUCCUUUGGGGUUGAAAACAAACAUUUCUAACGUUUUGUCGUUUUUUGUGAAAUUCCCACACUGUUUCUUUCCUAACUGGCGCUCAAAACCUUUUCUUGGAGCUGGAGCUGUUUAUAACAUCAAUAUCAAGUAACGCUGCUUUUGGAUGCACCUGUGUUUUUUAAAUCAAUGACAGUAAUUGGCACAUGAACCCUGCGAUGCACAAGUUCUGCUUUAGCGUACUGCUGCUGCUGCGCGGACUAAUCUUCUGCGUCUGUUCCAGAGAUGACCCUGGACUGUACAAGCACACAGCUGUGAUCUCAGGCACGUGUGCACGAUCAAAUACAGGCUAUACAAAUAUCCAUGUCUGCAAGUGAGCCCUCCAUGUAUGACAGAGGCUGACCGCUUCAGCCUGGAGGCUCUUCAGCACAUCCACAGAGACAUGGAUGACGAUAAGGAUGGAGGCAUUGAGGUGGAGGAGAGUGUCGAGUUCAUCAUUGAAGAUAUGCAGCAACAACAACAGGCAAACAAACACAGUAAACUCCAUCAUGAGGACCAGCAUAUCACUUUGGAUGAGCUUUGGAAAGGCUGGAAAUCUUCUGAGGUUCAUAACUGGACUCAGGAGGAUGUCUUGAGAUGGCUAAGAGAGUUUGUUGAGUUGGCUCAAUAUGUAAAGGGUUUCAAAGAGCUGCAUGUCAAUGGGAACACCUUGCCCAGAAUUGCUGCCAAUGAGCCAUCAUUUAUGAGCACUUAUCUGAAGAUCCAUGACCAGCAACACAAACAAAAACUUAAGCUCAAAGCUCUGGAUGUAGUGCUGUUUGGCCCACCUACACGACCCCCAUACAACUGGAUGAAAGACCUGGUUCUGAUAGUGUCAGUAUUAAUGGGUGUUGGUGGAUGCUGGUUUGCACAAGUACAGAAUAAAGCAUCUAAGAUACAUAUUACAAAGAUGAUGAAGGACCUGGAAAGCUUGCAGAGAGCUGAACAAAGCCUCAGAGACUUACAGGAGCAGUUGGAAAAGGCCCAGGAAGAGAAGCGCACCGUGACGGUAGAGAAGAAGAAUCUAGAGGAAAAGAUGAGGGAUGAGAUUCAGGGUGCUCAGGAAGAGGCCAACAUCCUGCACAAACUCCGAGAUGGAGCAGUGAGUGAACUCACCCGUCUUCGGUAUGCAGAAGAAGAGCUAAGACAGGUGCUUGAUGCAUUGAAGAGGGCCGAAAAUGACAUGCAGACCCUCUGGUCAGUUUCUGAAACUUUUCAGCUGUGGCUACAGCUCACCCAUGAGGUGGAGGUCCAGUACUACAAUGUCAAGAAGCAAAGUGCAGAACAACAACUCGUUACAGCUAAAGAUGAGGCUGAGAAGAUCAAGAAAAAAAUGUGUUCUGUGAUUGGUACACUACAUGUUGCUCACAGCUCCUCACUGGAUCAUGUGGAUCAGAGAAUUCUGGAGGCCAAGAAUGCACUAGCAGAGGUGACUGCUUGUCUACGGGAGCGUCUGCACCGAUGGCAGCAGAUUGAGAGCUUUUGUGGUUUUCCUGUGAUGAAAAAUGCAGGCCUACCCAGUCUCACUGCUUUACUCUACCCAGACCCCAACUGGAUGCUGAUGCCCCGGGCUGCAAUUCAGUCCUAUCAAGUGCCUGUUUCGGUGGAGGACAUGGAGGAAGAAAUGCAGCAGAUUCCUGGGAGUCUAUGGAAACAUCUUCAGUUACAGAUUCUAUCGGGUCCUCCAUCAACAGAAUGUACAGCACCCUUGAUGUUUCUCCUCGAAGAAAACACAUUUUCUCUGACAAGAUACCCCGAAAUAUCUCCUCCCUCGAUGAACAAGAGUACUGCCCCUCCCGCAAGAUCUCAGAGGAAGAAAUGGAUGAAUCUUUGGUGAACAUCUUAAGAAAAGUUUCACGAGACGAACUGGACAUAAAUACUUCAUCAAGAAAGACAUCUAGAGAUGAAAUUGAGGCCACUGUGGACCAUACUAAACAACUGGGUAGAGGAGAAACUGAGGCUAGGAUCGAUUCAAGAAAAUUACCCAGGGAUCUACCUUUGGAUUCCACAAUGAGGUACUACUCUACAGAAAAAAUAUGUCCAGCAGCAAUUAGCAUGAAUAGUCAGAGACAACGAUCGCUCAGAGACAGAAAAGAUCAUAUGGACAGCAUUUCAAGAGUGAUACCAAAAGCAGAGCUCAAUAUAGAUACUACAAGUGGAACAAGAUAUUUAGAUGCCUUAAUGAAAAUUUCCAUUAAACACAA